GGUCGCGGCUCGUCCAUGGCCAUGGCUGUGAUGUGCUGUUGCCAGUGAGCGCUCGCAGGGGAGUCUGCCAGUGACGGCGGUGGCCGAAGCAGCUGUCCUGUGAACUGCGGAAGGCAUGAACUGCAAGGGAGAACCGCUGGCCGGCGCGGACAGGCAGGAAUAGCGCGGGCAUCCAUCCGCACAGCAACCUGAGGGGAAUGUGGAAGGUUGCCGAGCGGCUGGGUGGUUGUUGGUGCGUUGCAGGUCAGUUGCACAGUCAUCCCGCCGCGAACGCAGCUGAGAACGGGCGAAGGCGCAGAAUAAAUAACAGUGACACUCCAUCCAGAAAGACGCAUUGUAUGGGCAAGACGGAAGGAUUUAUCAUCAAGAAGGGGAGCGUGCUCUGGGCAUGAAAUCCCCAGCCGCAGUCGCUUGGAUGUAGAGUGCGGGACGCUCCACUCAUACACACACGAUCCAACACAGCGCUUCGUGCAAUCGCGGAGUUUAUGCUCGACAUUUCUUUUUUAUCAAAAAUUGAUACCUUUCAAAGUUGAAAAAACAGAAUAAAAGAACAAAGAUCCCAGGACAAGACAGGACCCAGUUACAGAAAGAAUGAUUGAGGAGUGCGGAAGGAGAGGGAAGACCAUGGUUGAGAAGAGGCAACUAUUUAUGGAUAUGAGGGCCCAAAACUAUGAUGUAAUCAGACUUUCAACCUAUCGGACAGCAUGCAAACUACGAUUUGUGCAAAAAAGAUGCAAUCUUCAUCUUCCUUCUCACCUACAGUCCAUCUUGUAGAUAUAUGGAACAUGAUUGAAGCAUUUCGGGACAAUGGCCUCAACACCUUAGACCAUAGCACAGAAAUUAAUGUAUGUCGAUUAGAGACCAUAAUUUCAUCUAUCUACUACCAGCUGAAUAAACGCCUUCCAACCACCCAUCAAAUCAGUGUGGAACAGUCCAUCAGCCUGCUCCUCAAUUUCGUCAUUGCAGCAUAUGACAGUGAAGCGCAUGGGAAGUUGACCGUUUUCUCAGUCAAAGCGAUAUUGGCAACAAUGUGUGGAGGAAAAAUCUUGGACAAACUUCGAUAUACUUUCUCACAAAUAUCUGACUCCAAUGGAAUAAUGAUGUACGUGAAGUUCGACCAAUUCCUCCAAGAGGUUUUGAAGUUACCCACCGCUGUAUUCGAGGGCCCAUCUUUUGGCUACACAGAACAUGCUGUACGGACCUGCUUCCCACAACAGAAGAAAAUUAGCUUGAACAUGUUUUUGGAUACAAUGAUGGCUGACCCUCCUCCGCAGUGCCUCGUUUGGUUACCACUCAUGCACCGACUUGCCAAUGUGGAAAACGUCUUCCAUCCGGUGGAGUGUUCCUAUUGUCGCAGUGAGGGUAUGAUGGGCUUCCGCUACCGUUGUCAGCAAUGCCAUAACUACCAGCUUUGUCAAACUUGCUUUUGGCGGGGUUAUGCCAGCGGCUCCCACAGCAACCAGCAUCAAAUGAAGGAGCACUCCUCUUGGAAAUCACCGGCAAAGAAGUUGGGCCAUGCAAUUAGCAAAUCCCUUGGAUGUGUACCAAGUCGAGAGCCUCCUCAUCCUAUUUAUCCCGAGUUGCCAGAAAAACCUCUAGAUUUGGCUCAUGUAGUUCCCCAACAACGAUCGUUGCCAAACAUGAAUGAUGCCAUGGUGUCCCACUCAGUCAUUUCUUCCGGAGCACCGACUCCUACUAAAAGGUUACAGCAUGGCCUGGACAUGGCCAACCGGCUGGCUGAUGAGCACGAUCUGAUAGCAGUCUAUGUGAGCCGGCUGCAGAAUGGCACACGUUUCCUGGAAAGUCCCAGCCGACUUGACGAAGAACACCGGCUGAUUGCCAGGUAUGCUGCCAGGUUGGCUGCAGAAGCUGGAAACACACAGCGUUCAACUCCAGAACUGGCCUUCAACUUUGAUGCAAACAAACAGCAGCGGCAGUUAAUUGCAGAACUAGAAAAUAAAAACAGGGAGAUCCUUCAAGAAAUUCAACGUCUCAGGUUGGAACAUGAGCAGGCCUCCCAACAGACUCCAGAGAAAGCACAGCAGAAUCCUACCCUGCUGGCUGAACUGAGGCUACUAAGGCAAAGAAAAGACGAGCUAGAGCAGCGGAUGUCAGCCUUGCAAGAGAGUCGUCGUGAGCUGAUGGUGCAGCUUGAAGGACUAAUGAAGCUGCUGAAGGAUGAGGAACAGAAGCAGGCAGCUCAAGCAGCUGGUUCGCCUCGUUCAUCACCCAGCCAUGGUGCCAGCCGCCCCAUGCCAAUGCCUGUGAGGUCAACGUCUGCCUGCUCCACACCAACCCAUGGACCUCAGGACUCACUGUCUGGGGUUGGUGGAGACGUACAAGAAGCUUUUGCGCAGGAAUCUUCAGGAGCUCGCAGAAAUCUGCGAAAUGAUUUGUUGGUGGCAGCUGAUUCCAUUACAAACACCAUGUCCUCGCUGGUCAAGGAACUCCAUUCAGCAGAUGAAGGUUGUGAGGAUGAAGAGGAAGCAGAGAAGCUGCAGAAUGGAAAAGAAAGGGGCACAGUGACUAUACAAAGAAACCAAUCAUACUUGACUUUUGUUCAGCCAUUUGAACCACUCUUCUUUCAGCUGUUGAAGACAUCAUUGUGUGAAUGUAAAAUAAAUCAGAAACAGCCUUUUGCUGAACAAUAAACUUUCUAGUUCCACUCAUUGAAGGGCUCUGGCACAGGAACACAUUCAUAUCUGUCUUCUACAUCCAGUGCACGCAUUAUUUUCGUCCUCAACAAAUUCUUACUGUUUUCGUCAUUACACAUUUGUUUUCAGAGUUUUAAUGUUGUUUUCUGUUAUGUAUGAAAAUGACAGCAUUGACAUCUCAGUGUUGGUAACUUAAGUAAAUUAACUACUGAAGCAGUGGGAUUAAUAUUGUGUCUUUUGCUGCUAUGUUUUCCAUAUUAUCCUCUGACAAUUUAUGCUUUAAAUUUGUUCUUCAGUGCAUGGAAUGCGUUUUUUUAUUUGAAUGUGCUGAGGGCAGACGAUUAAGGGAAUUCUUUCCGACAUUGCUUAAGGCAGCUGGCAACAUUUAUAUUUUCCAACAAGGUUGCCCUUGCCACCUCAACAUUUCUGAGGUUUGUCUUCAAAUCCAUUACUGUGAUCCAUGCAUCCUUCCAUGGUAUCUUGAUCUACAACAAUGAAAGUCUGCCCUUCACAGGAAACUUCAUGAAUUCAUUUAUUUCUAUGCUUUGAGGCUGAGAUUGAAGGACACAGAAAGGUGAAGUGUCUGAUUUGGAAAUUGCUAAAUCAUCUGUAGUUCGCAUGUAACUUCUCACUUUAGCUAAUGAAAAAUAAGUGAUCCAGACUUUAACUAGAUAAAGUCAAUUCCCAGCAGAUUCUAAAGACUUUUUUUUGCAAGCAAGGUUAGAGAGAAAUGGAAACGGGGUUCAAUCCUGACCUCUGGUGCUGUCUGUGUGGAGUUUGCACAUUUUCUCUGUAACCACAUGGAUUUCUGCCCGAUGCUCUGGUUUCUUCACACAUCCCAACACUUGCAGGUUUGUAGGUUACUUGGCCUCGGUAAAUUGUCCCUAGUGUGUGGGGAGUGGAUGCUAAAGAGGGAUAACAUAGAACAAGUGUGAACGGGUGAUUGAUGUUCCGCAUGGGCCGAAGGGCCUGUUUCCUUGCACCACCUUUCAAUUCAAUUCAAUCAAAACUUAUCGCAUCUUUGUUUGAUUUUAAAGUCCCAUAAUAUAUAACCUAGUUUCUUUAUCAUUUCACUUUUGGUAGAGGGCCACAGGUCUGCAAGAUUUGUUUAGGCCUUGUCUGUACUUAUGUGAUGAGUAGCUUUCAAAGGUUCAGGCUGGAAUUUUUUCAGAGCUUUUUUUCUGCAUUCACUUUAGUACUGAAAUGCAUUCUAAUCUUUGGUUUUCUGUUGUAAUUGUCUUGAGCAUCCAGGAAUCAGCAAUGUGGGAUCUGGUGGCACAGGUUGACUAACUUUGUAGUAUCAUACUGGGUUUAUGCAACACCUCUUCUUUUAUCCCCUCUGCUGCUUUUGUGUUGUCUAUAUAAAGUUGUGAAAGAGCAGCACUUUGGAAAGACAGUCAUCCAUAGCACAAAAGCAGUACUGCAUCCACUGCCCGUCACCCGUAGGCCCACAAAUAUGCCCAAUGUGCUCUCUGUCUAUGCAUCCCUUCCUCUGCCAAAUUCUGAGCGCUUUGCCUUCAACAAACCAAGCCCAACACUCUUAAGGGAGGGAUGAAUAUUACUUGAAAUUUAGUCCUUGGGUUGAGUGCCCUUGAGAUCCCCAUUGAAACCCAUCUCUUUGAGAAAGUUUUAACCAGGCAUUCUGCUAUUCUCUUCUUGCCUGUGGUGCAUUUUCUGUUGAAUUAUGCCUCCAUGAAAUGACUUGCAAAGCAUUCCUAUGUUAAAGGCAUGAUGCAAAUCCAAUUGUUUAAUAUCUGAUUUGUUUAGGUCACCAGGCUUUAAUUCCCAAACCAUCGUCUAAAUAUGCUGUAGUUGGGAAUUGGCAUUCUUCACCUAACACAGCAUCGGAAAUACUCUUUCUGUUUCUUUCUUGAUCACGAAGAAAGUGGAAUAUUAAAGUCGAAGUACACUCCAAGGGCUGAAAGGUUGUUGAGAUAGGUUAAAAAAGAGCAUGAUAAAUGUCACUGUACGCUCAGAUCUGCAUGACUUAUUGUUGCAAGGGUUUCUAUAUCUUUCAGAUGCUUUCUUUCUACUGUGUAGCUAAAAUAUUCCUCUGCAAGCAGAGGGACUUUCAAAACACAAGCAGUUAGGUAGUCUUGUAGUUAGUUCAAUAUUGUUAAUAGAAAAUGAGUAACUUUAGAAGGGAUUCAGAUAUUUUAAAUGAGGUAGGAAAUCUGUAUAAUAGUAUGGUUAUAAGUGAGGUCAUUCUUCACAUUGAAAUCGGCCACCUUGUAAAUUAUGCAAUUGUAAGUUAAUUUGUAUAGUAUCUAAAAUGUGUUGUGAAUUUCAAUUCAUGAUGUCUUAUUAUGGUUAACUUGUUUUGUGCAACCCACAAUUGUCAUCUGUGAAAGAUGUCUCAAUGUUAUGUUUUACAUUGCAUUGGCUGUUUUUCUCUGGUUGCUGAAAGUAACACAGAUACAAUGAUAAAGGACCAGAUCAACGUUUUUUUUAAAGUUUUAUUUUAUUUGUGGACUUAAUGCCAGUUGUCAUCUUUCUAUUUAUUAUGUUGUGCUGAUGUAGUGCCGCAAAAUAAAGUACUGAGUCUUUAUCCUUCAUUCAACCACAAAUAAAGCUGAAUCAUGUGUGUGAAAGUCA